CGCUAGCGGUCAAAGAACGUCUGGGUCCCACUUGGUCUGCACGGAGACUGGUUGGUUGAUUGUUUUUUUUUUCUCUCUAUGUAAACUGGAGACAUUCGAAGUUGCCAUGGGGUUUCUUAAGUUGUGCCGUGCUCCAUCAACAUCAUCACCUCUCUCUAUUUUCCCCAUCCUUCCCCAAUCCUUUCAACCUCCCAAACACUUCCGCCUCAAACCCACCACUUUGCCGCUUCUACCUCCGUCUCCCUCUUUUUCUUCUUUCCUUUUUCUCUUACACCUUGCAAUUCCGCCGCUUGCCAAUAUACUCGACUUCAACCGAAUUUUCGAUUUUCGAUUCUCGGAGCUGUCGACGUCAGGAUUCAGGUUGUUACGACACAUUGGAACCCUAAGAAAAAGAGAGAGGCACAACGAAGUUGCACUUUGUUGUGCAGGAGAAGGUACUCGAGCUGGAAAGCAACACAUCGGUCUUAUUUGGAUCCUAUUUGCCGGUUUAAAGAGUGUUUCUCGCCCAUCCUCCGCGGACAAAAGUGAACCAAAGUCACAAUUGCGACGACCAAUCUUGCAUUUCAGCACGAACACCACUACCGAUUACCGAUUAGAUUCAGCUCGACUGGACUCGCAUAUCACUCUUUCGCGAACAGCCUAGUUGCCGAAUCUUGGAAGCGUUCUCACCACUAUCAACAUCCUUCGCAUUAAAUUUAAGAGGUCUUCACUGAACCUUUUAUACCCUCGACGGCUUGCGCAUAUUUCCUACUCGAGUACGAUUUGACACUAAUUUCAUCUAUCCUAAUCGCUGCCAUCGCCCUAGCUCGGCAGACAGCGUGAUUAUUCACCUUUUCAAACACAUUAUUUCCUAUUGGGACGAGUCUCUUUAGCCAGCUCUCGA